GAAGUUGGUGGGAGCGCCGGUGAUAAAAUGAAGAAAAUGCUGUCUAUUUAACUGCAGAAGAACAAGGCUUUGUCUUCCUGUAAUUCUGACGUGAAAGUCAACAACAAGAAAACUAAAACCUUUAAAAGCUAGGCGUUAGUAGUAGAAUGCUGAAACAAACUUCUGGAUUAGCUUCAUUGGCUUUCCUGCUUCUUUUGCAUCCCAAAGCAUAAACUUAAAUCGUCCCAGAAGGACAAGGUGCGCCAGUUUAUGGCAUUUACCCAGGCUGGGGAAAGGACUGCUAUAUACUGCUUAACACAGAAUGAAUGGAAACUAGAAGUGGCAACAGACAACUACUUCCAGAAUCCAGACUUGUACUACAAAGAAUCCAUGAAAAAUUCAGUAGACAAGAAGAAAUUAGAACAAUUAUAUAAUCGAUACAAAGACCCACAAGAUGAAAAUAAAAUUGGCAUUGAUGGGAUUCAGCAGUUCUGUGAUGAUUUAAGCCUGGACCCAGCCAGUAUCAGUGUUCUGGUUGUGGCAUGGAAAUUCAGGGCAGCCACACAGUGUGAAUUCAGUAAAAAGGAAUUUAUUGAUGGCAUGACAGAGUUGGGGUGUGACACUACAGAAAAGCUAAAAGCUCUAUUGCCAAGGCUGGAACAAGAGCUAAAGGAUCCAGCAAAGUUCAAAGAUUUUUAUCAGUUUACUUUUAACUUUGCUAAAAAUCCUGGACAAAAAGGUCUAGAUCUUGAAAUGGCAAUUGCAUACUGGAAUUUAGUCUUGUCAGGAAGGUUUAAAUUUUUAGAUCUUUGGAAUAAAUUUUUGUUGGAACAUCAUAAAAGAUCAAUUCCAAAAGAUACUUGGAAUCUUUUGUUAGAUUUUGGAAAUAUGAUUGCAGACGAUAUGUCCAACUAUGAUGAAGAAGGAGCCUGGCCCGUUCUAAUAGAUGAUUUUGUGGAAUAUGCACGACCAGUAGUCACAGGAGGAAAACAUAAAACUUCCUAACCCCAGAUUUGUUCAUCUGGACUAAAUGAACUGCAGUGGGUAAUGCAGAUUUGUUAGCUGAUAACUGCACAUUGGUGCUGGUUUCAGUGGUCAUGAUGACAUUCUGCAGACAAAACUGCAAUUCCUCCUUUCUGCCUAAAGAAAAUGAUGGUGGAUGUGUGGACACUUCAAGAACAAACUCAGAAGAUCCAAGCUGUUUGUAGGCUAUUGGCUUCAAUUAUUGUACUGGUUGUAUCAUAUAGGAUGUAGAUUUUGCAUGAUUUUAUACUUUGGAGAAGUUUAACUAGAGGCCAUUUUAUUAAAGUUUUGACAGCACAGCAUGCCAUUCAGUUCAUAAUCCAAAGUGAACACCAGCAGUUACAUAAAUAAAAAUGUAUUAUAUUGUACUUAUAUUAAAAGCAGUAUUUGUGGUAUAUAAAUUAAAUCCAUAAAUAAAACUUAUGCAGUAUGUUGUAUUUUUAUAAAAGUUAGUUCUGUGGAUCUGUCUUAAUACAGAAUUGUAAAAAAUCCCCAAACAAAUGAACGUAUGGGGUUUUUUUGUUUUGUUUUUAACUUAUUGCCAAAAUGUUAAAUUUGUAUAUUCACAUCCUAGAUGUAUACAGUGAUUACAUCCAGCCUUUCGCUCUCUCCCAGUGAAUUUCACUUCCUAAUCUUUCUUCUUGAAGUGCUUGGACAUGUAACAAUAGCAUUGCUGAGGACAGGCUGCUGCUCUAUGCUGUGUUGCAACUCCAGCUUUUUUUAGUAACCAUUUUAAAGCAGACAUUAAACAACCAAAGAUGCUUUUAUAAUUCAUGUUUAGUUAUCAUAAUUCAGUCUCCAAUUAUGUGUUUUAUUUAUUUUUAAUAAUGAACCGGUGUAAUAUGGAUUUUAUUUGUAGCUUGAAACAUAUCAUAAAUUCUAGCUAAAUGCAACAUAGUUGUAAAUUUAUUUCUUGGCACUUCUCACAGAAAAGAGAUGUGAGUAAGCCUGAAGACUUAACUACUUGGCUUCCAUGGUGGAGAAAUAGUUAGGGGUAAGGAGACUUCAAAUUAAUGAUUACAAGUGUUCAUGCCUAUGAAUGUGUUGUGCAUUCAAUUAUAUUUAAGGGGAUUAAAAAGCAAAUUAAUGCAGUUUCAGUGAUCUCAAGGCUGGUGAAAUUGGAUCAGUUUUCACCAAAUCUGAAUUUGUUCAGUCACUUGUUUCUCCCCUUUUGCCAGCCAUUGAUUAUGAUGUGCACUGUGCUGUCAGUCUUCUGUUUCUCAUCGGUGUCUUCUGAUGUCUGAGCACAAAAAGGUUUUACCAGAAACUAUUCAGCGUGUCUUCACACAGGGCUCUUGCAAAUGCUACCUCAUCAAAAUGAGUUUGUCAUAGCCACUGUACAAAUCUGUUAAAAUGAAGAGUUGCUCGAGAGUAUGUACAGUUAUGGUCAAUAUAUUUUCUGUAUUUAAGGCUGAAUAGAUGCAAGAAUUUUGGAGAAAAUAGUGCAUUAAGUUAUAUAAAUUAUAUCUGUUUGGAUCGUUGAAGUGUUGCAUGACAGCAGACUCUUUUAUUUUAUAGUUGCCAGGGUAUAAAAGCUUACAAUAUUCUCUUAAACUCUAAUAUUUAGAGUUUCAUAUAAGCAUUAUGUCAACACAAUGUACAAGGACAAGUGUACAUGCUGCAUACAGACACUGCCUUUGUUCUUCCACUUGCUAGAAUUUCAGUCGUGCAUGGCAUUUAAAAAGCAAGAUGAGGGAAAAUUGGAGCAAAUUAAUGAUUUUUCUCUUAGUAAGAGCCUAGUAAGGGAGUUACAAAUGCCCUGUGAGUGAUUUGGUACGAGUAUUUGUCUCUUUUUGUGAGUGUCAGCCCUGGCCAAGCAGCCACCAGGUGUCAGCGUCUGAGCCCGCUGCUGCCUGGAGCUCCUGUGCAGUUACCCCCUGAGGCUCUGCCAAACUGCUGCUUUCUGACUGCAUCCUUCUAGAAUGGCAUUUGUGUAACUCCAAGUAUUCUACAGAAGUCAGCAGAGAGCUAGAAGCCGUUAUACUCUUUUUACUGCUUUUGAUUUAUCUACACCUCCUCCCCAAAAGAAGCCAUUUCUGUAUCUGUCCCACAGGCUUUGCAGAAUGUGUAACAUCUUACAGCUUCAAGUGCAUUUGCCUAGCCAGAAGCAAUGGAAUGCUUGUUACUCACACAGCUGCCAUUUAAAAUAUAUAGAUAAAAUAUAACUGAUCAGAAGUAGCUUAAUUUGUUGCUAUGUGAUGUAAAUGAAGUUUCAUAGCACUAGAGCUUGUGAAACAUUUGCUCAUGAUGAGAGCUCCAUCAAAUCAUUCUGAUGAACCUUCUACCUUUUAGAAUAAAUAGAGCAUAAAAAAUGCAUGUGGGUUGAGGGUUUUUUCCUUGUUAAUCAGAGCAAGAAGGAAGGGAUGCUUAGCCCAGGAUUCAGUGUGUGUGUGUACAUAUAUACACACACACACACUCUUAAAUCUCAGUCCUGGGGGAAUCCUUCAUCAGUGACAGUGGAAGACUGGGCAAAAUACUCCAGAGAUAGUAGUUGAUCCUUGUGAACCAGGUUUUGAGGUUUGCUAUGCUUUUCCUUUUUCUUUUUUUUCUUCCUGCUCCUCUAUCCGUUUUAAACCACACGUGAUUUUUACAUUCCUGUAUGAAGUAACACCUUCACACUUGAACAGUCAUAAAAAAUGCAAAUAAACUGCUUUCACCU